AUGUCUGGAAGAGAAAGAGAACGCGACAGACGUACCGCAGUGCCCUCGGUCCGUACGAAUGAGUACUUUGUUCCCAAAGAUGGCAUCGACAGAGAGGUCAUAACGGCUGACAUCUGCCGGUAUCUUGGGAACGACGCUCUCGUGCGGCCGGGUAACUACGAGAAUCCAGCUACACGACAAGUCCAGGCAGGCUACUUCAUAACUGCGUACCGGAACCUAACGACCGCAAUGAUCGCAGAUCUGAAGGCAGAUUCCGAUCGAUGGGAGGCCGAGCGAAGAGCAACCGCUCUAAGAGGACAGCCUCCCAACGGUAUCUCUGCGCGAGACUCGGACGGUGCUGCUCGAAAAUCUAACGCGCCUAUAGUGGGGUAUCGUGAUUCCACCACCCACCAGUCUAGGCAAUACUAUGGGCCAUCGGAGCAAGUGCCUGGACCUAACCCAGGAUACUCGACAGCCUCAACUCCCGGGGCACAGGGAGUAUAUGAGAGUGGUCCCCAGUACCAGCAACAACAAUAUGGCCAGCCGGCAUCGGGAGGAUAUGCUCAGCCAAGCUAUGGCGCCCAGGAUAAUUACUAUGUUGCUGGUGCAGACUUGGUAGCUGACCAGCCGCGUUCGCGCGUUCCUGUUGUUCAGGCGGGAAUAAGUGUCCCAAGGAGCAAUCAGUAUGCUACAACCCCGACGUACCAACAACAACAACCGGACUCCAGGAGUAAUAAUUACUAUUCUGGUCAGCAAGGUCCAGCUGUAACCCAGCCCAUGCAACAAGGAUACCCCACACAACCAAGCGAUCCAUACUACGGCCGUGGGCAGGUCCUUCCCGUAUCUGGUGCUUCAUAUGAUUCCGCGAAUUCCUAUGACAACAGUCGUCAAUAUCAGGACACAGGUUACAGCCAACCACCUCCGGCUUCUUCUCCAAACCUUCCAGCUACCUCCAACACCUCAUCCAGACGUGAACGUGACAGAGGAGACCCAGAUCCUCGUGAUAGACAUCACCGUAACAGUCGCCGUUAA